CAUAAUAGGUAAAACUCACUAAUCUCCCCAGAGAUUGUUCCUAAUGAACACAGUGUCACUGGUAGUCAAAAAAAUUUAUUAUUAUUGCCUGGAAGCUGCUCCUGAAAUUUUUAAAUACUUCUCCUGAGUAAUGAAGGUGCUGCUGGGGAGAUCAGUGGAGUUUGCUCAGAGAAGAAGCAGUGUUUGGUGAGAAAUGAGAAGUGGGUAAAGCGGUGUGGUAUUCUGUGCUGGCAGGUCUGGGCAGUUGUCUGUAUGAAUAAGUCACAGCGAAUAUAGAGGGGAACAAAAAGCAGGAUCUGAGUCUUCAUCUUGCCUGCCCAUCAGACUCCUUGGAGAACCGAGCCUGUCGRAGGAGUGCUGCUCCACGGUGACUUAUAUGAGAAAUGAGUGUUGGACGCAGAAGAUUAAAGCUGCUGGGAAUUCUGAUGAUGGUAAACAUUUGUAUUUAUGUGAUCGUGGAAGUCUCGAAGAGUGGCAGCCAAGACAAGAAUGCGAAAGGCCGUGUUGUUAUACCCCGUAGCAAAUUCUGGAGGAAGUACACUCCUCACAAAGCUUAUUGGAACAAACAGCAACAGAAGCUUGAGCUGCUCUACAACCCCAUCCUGUCCUUGCUCUCCAAUAUGACUGUGGAGGAGAACUUGAUUUUUAACCUGAGUGCUCUCAGUUCCUGUGAGCCUGACCCCUCGGUGCACUCGGAGGUUAGCGACUUUGCAAACUUGCCAGACAGAUUCAAAGACUUCCUCCUCUAUUUGAGGUGUAGAAAUUACUCGUUGCUAAUUGAUCAGCCAAACAAGUGCGAACAGAAACCUUUCCUGCUGCUGGCUAUUAAGUCACUUAUACCCCAUUUUGAUAGAAGACAAGCAAUUAGGGAAUCCUGGGGCAGGGAAAUCCAAUCAGGGGAUGUGACGGUCAGAAGGGUCUUCUUACUUGGACAGACCCCACCGGAGGAUAAUUUUCCUGAUCUUUCACACAUGAUUAAAUUUGAGAGCGACACCCACCGAGACAUUCUCCUCUGGAACUACAGAGACACUUUCUUCAACCUGACUCUGAAAGAGGUGCUGUUUCUGAAGUGGGUCAGCAGCAGCUGUGCAAACGUCCAGUUUAUUUUUAAGGGUGAUGAUGAUGUUUUUGUGAAUACCAAUCAGAUCCUGGAUUACUUGAAGAGCUUAUCAAAGGAAAAAGCCAAAGACUUGUUUAUAGGUGAUGUGAUCAAAGAUGCUGGACCUCACAGAGAGAAAAAAUUGAAGUACUACAUCCCAGAAAGCGUUUAUGAAGGUUCGUACCCSCCGUACGCGGGAGGCGGCGGGUUCCUGUACUCUGGUGAUCUGGCACUGAGACUGAAUAAUGCAUCUGACCAGGUACUCCUCUACCCUAUCGAUGAUGUUUAUACUGGAAUGUGCCUUCAGAAGCUUGGGCUUGCUCCGGAAAAACACAAAGGCUUCAAAACCUUUGAUAUCGAGGAGAAAUACAGAAAUAACAUCUGCUCCUACACAAACUUAAUGUUAGUGCAUAGUAGAAAACCCCAAGAAAUGAUUAGGAUUUGGACACGCUUGCAAGACCCACAUUUAAAUUGUUAAAAUCAUGUGCAUAAGUGUCUUAAGCCCAGAAAACUUUMCAAGUUUGGAUCACUGAAGCUCUGUUUAAUAGCUAAAUUUUCUGUGUAAACCUUUUCCUGUACUUCUGAAAAUGAGAGUAAUCCUAAAAUUUGAAGGGAUGGCUUGAAGACUUGGUCCUGACUUUUCCACUGUCCUGGUGGUCAUUAUGUUUCAAUAUUGGUUUUAAUUUUAAAAAAAGUCUCUGAGGACRUAACUAGCUGACAGUGAAUGGUGAACUGUGCUGGAAGCAGGGAUUGCCUACCACAAUGCAUCUUUCAUUAAUCGUGAUGGUGGAAGAUAAUUUUCCCUUGAGUAGUGUUCAUGUGUGGAAACCACUGUAAAUUGAAAAUACACAAAUUGGAGGAAUGUAGUUUUACUUUUAGAUAUGAUACGCUUAUGAGACUUUAAAUUUUGAGGUUUUGUUUUUUU